AUGGCGAGUGGCACAGAAAAUGGUAUUGGUGCACUUGGCAUUGAUGGGCUCAAGAAGAGAAGCUCUUUUUGGAAAAAAGAGGAUUUCUUGCCAGAGGAGUCAUUCCAGAACUGGGGAAACUAUGUCAAGGCAUUGAGUAGUAUAAAAACCAGGCUCAAAGAUCGCCUACUGACACGCUCCCAAGACUGCAUUGAACUACAUGAAAUGCGUGCCCAGAGCGAGCAUGAGAUGAAGAAAAAUCUGAAUUGGUGGGAUCUACUUUGGUUUGGCAUUGGAGCUGUCAUGGGCGCCGGAAUCUUUGUCCUCACUGGUCAGGCUGCCAGAAAUAAUGCAGGUCCUGCAGUUGUAAUUUCAUACCUCAUAGCAGGUAUAUCUGCGUUGCUCUCUGUGCUGUGCUACACUGAAUUUGCAGUUGAACUCCCUGUGGCAGGAGGAUCAUUUGCCUAUCUUAGAGUGGAGCUUGGUGACUUUAUGGCUUACAUUGCAGCUGGAAACAUUCUUUUCCAGUAUAUAGUAUCUGGUGCUAGUGUGGCACGAUCCUGGACUUCAUAUUUUGCUACCUUGUGCAACCACAAACCUGAUGAUUUUCGCAUAAAUGUGUCAUCCAUAGCUGAAGGCUACAACCAUUUAGACCCAAUUGCCAUUGGUAUCUCAAUUGCAGUUGCUAUUGGUGCAUGCCUAAGCAUUAAGGGGUCCUCGAGAUUCAAUUCUAUUGCUACCAUCCUCCACAUUAUAGUCAUGAUUUUCAUCGUGGUUGCAGGUCUUACUAAAGCUAACCCUGCUAAUUAUGAAACCUUUGUGCCUCAUGGUAUUCCUGGUGUUUUUACAGCUUCUGCAGUGCUCUUCUUCGCUUACGUUGGGUUCGAUGGAGUGGCAACCUUGGGUGAAGAGACCAAGAACCCAGGUAGAGACAUCCCAAUUGGGCUAAUUGGUUCCAUGGCAAUUACCAUAGUAACUUAUUGCCUUCUAGCAGCAACAUUGUGCUUAAUGCAGCCAUACACACAAAUUGAUGCUGAUGCACCAUUCACCAUUGCAUUCGAAGCAGUGGGGAUGAAAUGGGCCAAGUACUUUGUUGCAUUCGGAGCAUUAAAGGGCAUGACCACAGUUCUGCUAGCUAAUGUUAUUGGUCAAGCUCGAUAUUUCACUCAUAUUGCACGUACCCACAUGGCACCACCACUUCUUGCAGUUAUUAAUGAGAAAACUGGGACACCAAUGAAUGCCACAAUCAUUAUGACUGUUGCAAACUCCAUUGUAGCAUUCUUCACAAGCCUUGAUGUGUUGGCAAACCUUCUUUCCAUAGCUACCCUAUUCAUCUUUACCCUUGUUGCAAUUGCUCUAAUUGUGAGACGAUACUACGCUACGGGUGUGACAUCAAAUGCCGACCGAAACAAGCUGAUUGGGUUCUUGGUGUUGAUUAUUGGAUCCUCAAUUGCUACAGCUGCAUAUUGGGCAGCUAGCAAGGAUCAUUGGAUAGGGUACAUAGUGACAGUAACAGUUUGGUUUUCGGCCACACUAGGGCUAAAUUUCACAGUGAAGCAAGCAAAGAAACCUCAAUUGUGGGGAGUGCCAUUAGUUCCUUGGUUGCCAUCUGCUAGCAUUGCUAUCAAUGUCUUCAUCAUGGGUUCCAUUGAUGGACCAUCAUUUGUUAGAUUCAGUGUAUGGACAUUAUUUUUGCUCAUCUACUAUUUGCUUGUGGCGCUACAUGCUUCUUAUGAUGCAGCUAAGGAGAUUGAAAGGAAAGCUGAGGCAACUCAAGCAACAAACAUUGAGGCUGGGACUACCAAAUAGCAGAAACAUAAUUAGUAGAAAUGCAUGAGUUGAUAUGAAUACUAGUUGUUUUGCUUGAAUUUUA